AUGGCGUGGCCCUUCCUUGAAGAGCCAGUAGAUGUUGAAGCCCAAAUUCUCCGCAGAGCUCUCCGCCGGGAGAGAUAUUGCACUUCGUUUUUUGCAAACGGGAGCUUUCUGUAUAAUAUUGGUGACGCUGAGCACGUUUCCAAGGCUACCGUCUGUCGGGCAGUCAGGAAUGUUACAGUUGCACUGAAACGUCUCCUGUACUCGUUUGUGGUGUUCCCCGGUCAUAGACCCACAAGAUUUAUCAAAGAGGGAUUCCACAAAAUUGCAGGGUUCCCAGGCGUGAUUGGCUGUAUAGAUGGCACUCACAUUCCAAUCAUUGCCCCUUCAGUAAAUGAAGGAGACUAUGUGAACAGGAAGUCUUUCCACAGCAUUAAUGUACAGAUCAUAUGUGAUGCUGCCAACAUUAUCACAAAUGUGGAAGCCAAGUGGCCAGGCUCUGUUCAUGACUCACGAAUUUUUCGUGAAUGUACACUGAGCACAAAAUUUGGACAUGGAGAGUUCACUGGCUACUUGCUUGGUGAUAAGGGGUAUCCAUGUUUACCCUAUUUGCUUACCCCUUACCCUGACCCUGAACCGGGCCCACAGCAGCGAUAUAAUCUGGCUCAUUGCAGGACAAGAGCCAGAGUUGAAAUGACUAUCGGAAUGCUUAACGCCCGGUUCCAGUGCCUUCAAAGACUCAGGGUCACCCCAGAAAGGGCAUGUGACAUUAUUGUGGCAUGUGUGAUUCUUCACAACAUUGCCACAAUUAGAGGAGAACACUGUCCUUUUGAACCAAACAUCAGCAGUGAUCCAAACCAUGAACAUCCUGACCCUCCCACGGACAUACAAGAUGGAAGAGCAGUCAUUUCCUUUGACCCAUCACCUCAACAUGUUGAAUGAAGAAUAAACAGAUCUUUUGUUCAACUGGCUUUAUUGGUCGCCUGUAUUUCCUGUACACAAAGUAUUAAUAAGUAUAUUAUUAUGUUGUUCAAACACUGAAAUAAUUCGUCCAUCUCUGACCACUUCACCCACCCUUAACUGAUGUUCCAGCAGUAAAAUCUCAAUCUUGGUCUUUUGGAUCUUCUGC